AUGACUAAAUAUAGGGUGAAAGAGGAUCACGAAGACAUUCUUCUACAAUGCUUAGACAUAUGCAUCAAACGCUGCGCGGUCGGACAUGACUCCCACAAUCUGGAUGUCCGACUUCGACGGCUGCUAAGAGCAGUGUUGGACCAGUCCCUAGAUAAUGCAGCACAUGAGAAGUACAGCCUUGGUGACGACGAUAAAGGCUGCACAGACAUCUGUACACCAUAUUCUAAAAUUACUGGCACUGGAAUUGCAAUGCCUCCAAUCAAUUCGACAGCUCGGAAGACUACUCGGACCUCUUGUGCGUUGCCUACGGUAGUCAUUGAGAGUAUUGAAUCCAGAGAUGCCUCACUGAAGCAGCACUCAGACAUGUGCAGCUUUGAACAAUAUCGUGAGCCAAACUCGCAUCCGUUGGUCCAUCUACAGAGGGAACCCGUCACGUACCAACAUUUGCACGACAACCUCGGGGACGCUGAGAACCCGAAUUUGGUUUACACACCUACUACGUCGGAUUCUGUAACACUUUCCUGCAAAUUACCAGAAGUGGCACCCUCGACUGUUCUGAAGAUGCCACUUGUGUUCAAAAACGUACACGCAAAAGAAGACGCCCGGCUCGUCAUAGUCAGCACCACACACGAUACGACCCUUGCACAACCCCUAAACACGCAAGACGUCACUGUUGGCGCAAGAGGUGUAGUGAUACUAGGAUCGAUGUCAGAUGAGACCGCACGAAAGAUUUCGAGCUACCACAACGCAUCAGUCGUGAGAUUCUGA